CGGCCUUCUGACUCGCACGUCGAGAAUCUUCCACAAUGUCUGAUGAACUCAAGCCGGUAUACGACCCCAAGGGCAUGCCCUUCCGCCGCCUGGGCUCGAGUGGUCUGCGCGUGCCACUCUUUUCGCUCGGAGCAUGGCUCACACUCGGAGGGUCCGUCAAGGGCGAUCCCGUAAAGGAAAUCAUCAAAGUUGCCUUCGAGAACGGUAUCAACAUGAUUGAUACUGCCGAAACGUACGCCAAGGGUGAAUCUGAGAGGCAGAUCGGGCGCGCUCUCAAGGAGCUUAAUCUUCGUCGAACUGACCUCAUCGUCACAACAAAGAUCUUCUGGGGUACUCGCCGGGGACCUAAUGAUGGUGGUCUUUCUCGCAAGCACAUCAUCGAGGGAACCAAGGAGGCGCUGGAGCGUCUCCAGCUCGACUAUGUUGAUGUGAUUUUUGCGCACCGUCCCGACCCGACCACUCCGAUGGAAGAGGUUGUGCGGGCGUUCAACUGGGUGAUUGAGAAGGGUUGGGCCUUCUACUGGGGCACAUCUGAGUGGAGCGCACGCGAGAUCGAGGAGGCAUUCCACGUCGCACAUAAGCUGAACCUCAUAGCGCCCGUCGUGGAGCAGUGCAAGCACCAUAUGUUCCACCGCGAACGACCCGAGAAAGAGUUCGAACCCCUAUACCGCAAAUACGACUACGGCACGACCAUCUUCUCUGGCUUGGCACAGGGCCUCCUCACUGGCAAGUAUAACGAUGGCCUACCACCAGACUCGCGUUUCGCGACUGAGAAGGAGGCACAGUUCGACACGAUGCGCCUGUGGUUGCAGAGUCCUGAGGGUCAGGCCGACAUCGCCAAGGUCCGGGAGCUCUCCAGCUUCGCUGAGAAGGAGCUCAACUGCAAGGUGCAGCACCUCGCGCUCGCGUGGCUAUGCACAAAGCAGCACACAUCGUCCGUCGUCCUCGGCGCGAGUAAGCCGGAGCAGGUCCUCGACAAUCUCAAGGCGCUCGAGGUCAUUCCCAAGCUCACGCCGGCUAUCCUCGAGAAGGUGGAAGAUAUCAUUGGCACGAAGCCGAAGCCUGUCAACUUGUACGGUCGCUACCCCCUCGAAGGUCACUUCCCUAGGAUCUGAAUGUGGGAAGCAAAAGAAUGAAUCGUGUCGGUAUAUGUACUUCUAGAUAUAUCAUGCCAAUACACAAGCUACCCGAACC